GUUGAGUUGGUCCCUGGACGUGUUUCGGAUCUCCGAGUCUCGGAAAGAAAAAAGAGAAUUUUACACACUUGAGGUUCUCUCAGUGGCACCAAGCUUGGAGUUAGGUUGCUGUUGAAGUCCUGGAAUCAGCCUGUCAAGCUCUGUCGUUUCAGUUUUGUGACUUGAAUUCAGAAAAAUUACGCAUAACCUACAUUCAGAUAAACCAAAGAUGGAGGCAAGAAAUUUAUUUAAGAAAAGAAAACAAGUAGAGAGACCCUGUAGAGACCCAGGCAGGUCAUGAUAAAGGGAAGAAGGUGCCUUCUGAAAUGUUAUCAAAAAGGAAGCCGAAUGCUUUGGCAGUUCCUCAAAAAACUGUUUUGACUGAGGUUGAUGUGAGCAAGCACAGUGGUAGGGUAAGACUAAAACCACUGGAGUUUUGGAAUUUUGAGAGGGUGGAAGUUAAUAGAACAGAGGAUGGAAAACUACAAGUAAUACAUUACAAGCAGGACUUUCCUUCACCAAAGCAAAGGAAGAGAGGAACGAGAGCAAGUGUUCAGUUAAAGCAAACUUUUGUCAGAAGGAAACCAUCAAAAAGAUCAGCAACCCUCUCAUCACAUAGUUGCACUCCAUCCAAAAGUCCUCAGUCCUCAUUAGUAGGGGGACACUUGGUUCUCAAAGAGGAAGAAACCAGUGCUUCUUUGGUACCAAAGAACAGUUCAAAUGUUUGCAAUAAACUCUCAACAAUGGCAAUUGAAGAUAUAGAGAAACAGACCAAAGCUUUAUUUCCAUUCUUGAGGAGGGUGAUAGAAGGCCAGGAAUCUAAUAAAAGGCACAAUGUUUUUUUUGCGGGGCGGGAGGGAACUGCGGGAAAUGACAAGUGAACUGAUCUACCAUCCUUAUUCCGAAGAUCAAAUACUGUACAUAAUUGAUUUCUUAAUUGAACAAUUCUCCUCACAUAUCCAAAGACUCUAUGGAAAAAGUAGUGUCAAUAAGUACAUCUGGAAGGUGUUGGCCCCAACAUUGCUUAUCAGAAUUGUUAUGGAGAAAGAAAACCUUACCUGUUUAGAGGCAGAACAACUUUUGAUUAAAACUUCUCUUGGGUGUACUUUAUAAUUUUUCCAUUGGCACUAGGUGAAUUAUAAACCUAAACCAAGUACAAA